UCUAGUCACACAACAGCCUGUCCUUAUGCUUUCUGUCAUAUUGCCAGAGUUGCGCUGGGAAAAAAUUAACAUCACCGCAGUGUUGGGCAACUGACAUCAGCUGUUUUAUCACACACCAUACUUUGAACACGAAUGGCUGAAGCCCGAUAUCAGGAUGGAGAUGAAGAUUGUCCAAAUGUUAGCACUACAGGAAGAGGAGAUUCAACAGACUGUUCAGAAAGGAAUAAACCCGAACACAUACAUGUGAGUCAAGGACCCCUCUCCUCUAUCAAAGCAGCCUUUAAGAGAACAUCUGCACGUGCUCAUUCACAGACUGACUACACCAGAGAAAGAAGGCGUCCAGAGAUUACCAUCCUGUCUGCAGAGCCGCUAACAGCCACUUCCUGGUUUCAAGGGGCAUCUGGACGAGCGUGUACCGCCACACAAUCAGUCUGGAGUGAGAACAUAUUGAGCCCUGUUCAGCUCCCACCGUCCUAUGAACAGGUGAUCAAAGAGAAGACCCAAGAGCAGGAUACCACGCCUACACCCCUUCCACGUCGCUCACUAACAACCACUAUUGCCACUCAGACUGACACAUUAGAGCAGAAUGCCACUAAUUCAUAUUCCAAAACGCCUCUGCUGUUGAUCCAACAACAAAGAAGUGAAGUCAUAUCAAAACAGCCAAAAAAACCACCUCGUCCAUCACUUCCAUCUAAACGCAAAGCACCUCAAAUCAGUCCCAAACAACUGUGUUCUGAUGAAGAGAACACAAUUUCCAUCCAGCCUUGCGUUAAUGAUAAAAAUUGCUCUAAUACCAGCACAGCUACUGAUCUAACACCAAUUCAACACCCUGUGCCCCGGCCACGUUCCAAAACUAAACAGAACCCAGCCAGCCAGGUCAAUGUGCCACCUCUGAUACUAUUGCAAGACAGCUGGGAGGUUGAUCCUGUAACCCCUGUGGAGAGCUCUAAUGCUCAUUCAGGCAAGUAUCUCAAAGAACUCUUGGAUGUUUUUAGCUCGGAACCUCAAAAUGAUCUAAGCACCCCUGUCAAGAUCCAAGAAAAGGAAACAGAUCAAACUGCACAGAACCUUAGCGAGAACAUGACCGCACUCCACAGUGACCGCAACAUCCGUGCAAAGAUCCAAGCUUUCGAAAGUCAAUCUAACAUAGAGAACUAUGAAACCGCAGCACCUUUACCCAGGCCUCGAAAAGCUAACACCAAACCACCUGUGCUGGCACCAAAACCCUCCAUUGCCCCCCGACCCUCCAUCAAAAAACCCAUAGAAGAAGAACUUCCACUGGAUAAUCACAUUAAUGAAGAUGUCAAAAUACCACCUACACCAGCUCCAAGACCUCAGUCAUUCAAAAAAACAUCUUCGGAAUCAAAAGUUGAAUCAGAUUUUCAGUCCUCCUUUAGGACGAUCCCCAUCCCUCCAUCACGACCCUCACUGGUCAGAGUUAAGAAUGUGAGCUCCCCUGAGGAGGAACUAGUAUUCAAAGGACCUCCAUCUCCCCUCAAGCCCAGCAAAGACCUACUCAACUUCAACAAUCACAACUCUACUGCACUUCUCUCUAAUGUCACGUCCACAGACAACAUACAAACCAGUGACUUUGUGGAUGCUGCUAUUAACAACUCUUCUAUUAAACCUGGACAUCAAGGGGGAUUCAGCUACACAGUGCCAAACAUUCAGGGAGUGACCAGAAGGCCCACAGUCAUCAGAGUCCCAAGUAAAACUGACAAGUACUUUGAAGAGGUGACAGGUGUUCCUCCUCCUUUACCUGUCCAGAAAGCUGUGGGUGGCCCCCCUACACCUGCCAAACCCUCUCUUAAAGAUUCCUUCAGUCUGCUGUCUGAUGUUUCUCUUCCACCACGGCCCAGCGGAGGAAAGGUUCUGCCUCCUCGCCCACCACCGGCUAAAGCAAACCCAGGAAGACCUCCUCCUCCGCAGAUAGGCGGCUCUCUGCGCAGGCCCAAUGAUAACACAGUUCCACAAGGAUUAUCUAUAAAACGACAGCAACCUCAAUCUCAGCAACCAAACCACCGAGCUUCGAGAAAAGGACCCGCCCUGCCGCCAAGACCCAACCCUGGACGUUCCCUUUAUAACAAAUACACACUUGAGAUCCCUCACGGCAUUGCUCAGUUUGACCACAAUGGCACAAACACUGGGGAGUUGUCCUUUCAGAAAAAUGAAGUCCUUGUCUUACUCGAACAAUUAGACAGUAAGACAUUUGGUUGCCAAGUGGGAAAUGCUGAGGGAACAGUGCAGACGACACAUAUGAAGAUUAUAACACCUUUAACAAAUUUACCCUACAAUACUGCACCACAGAAGAACAACCCAUCUCAAACUUUCAGUGGAGUGGUGGUUAAUACUGGAUCUUUACAAGUGCAAGCACUUUAUGACUUCACACCUGAGGGUCCAGGAGAGCUGGCUUUGAGGGCUGGUGAUGUAGUGUCUAAUGUAGAACAACUAGACAGUGACUGGUACACGGGGACGUGCAAAAACAUGACUGGAUGUUUCCCUGUUAACUACGUUAAAACAAUGAACAAACCUGUUGCACCUGCCCCAGUAUGUAGCAAUGAAUGGAAACCUAAACCUAAACCUGCUCCUGCGGCCAUCAGUGGCCCAAGAUGUGAAGCAAGGUUUGAUUUCGAAGGAGAGCAAGGCGGUGAGCUGUCAUUCUCUGAGGGUGAUGUUAUUCAGCUUCUGGAGUAUGUUGAAGACGAAUGGGCUUCUGGAAGGUUGAACGGCCACGUUGGGAUUUUCCCUCUUAACUAUGUGGAAGUGCUUGAGGAUCUUCCUCCAGUCCCAGUGCAGAAAUCUGCACCAAACAAGUUUGCACUGCCUGGAAUGGCUGGUUUAACUAACACACAAAGGUCAUACAAAGCCAAUGAGGCUGAAGGUGUGGAGUGGGCCAAAGCUCUCUAUGACUUCAGUGCAGAGACGGAGGAUGACCUGGCCUUCCAGCAGGGAGACCGAAUCCUGGUCACAGCUCACAUAGAUGAUGAGUGGUGGAGUGGGAGGCUCAAUGGAAGAGAAGGCGUCUUCCCGAAAGCAUUUGUAGAGGUCGCUACAGGUGGAUGGAAGUGACCGAUUAUCAAUCAAGAUCUUACAAAACCAGUGUUUUCUUGUGCCAGAUUUUUUUAUUUUGCAUUUUUUACCAAGGGCUUCAUUCAAACUCAGUUUGUCUAAUGUAUUAUGUUACUUCUGAUUUAUACUGUUUAAGGUCUAUUUAUUGCGUCUUCACAGCACAGGAUGCACUUGUUUAAACCUCAAAAGCAAGUGCGGAGCACCACCUUGUGUCUGGAAUGGACAACAGACACACGUUUUAGCCAAAUUUAUGAUGUCAUGUUUUACCUGUUUUUUACCUGGUUAUUAAAGCAGCCUUGUCUUUAAAAAAAUUACCUAAAUAAACGGGUUAAAUUGU